AUGAUUGUAUUCUUUGAACCACAUCUCAAGGAUCAGGUAUCCCAAUUUACCAAUUGUCAACGCUAUGGUCACACAAGAAAAUUCUGCCACGUGCCUACAAGAUGGGUAAAGUGUGCAAGUAAUCACCAUACUUUAAAUUCUCCAGGCGCAAAGAACGCAGCAAUAGCGUACAGUGUAUACUUUGUAUGGGAAACCAUCCCGCCAACUGUAAGUUCUGCAGCGUAUACAAACAAAUACAAAAAAAAACAUUCCCCCAACUUGGAAAGAAUCCAGAGGCCCAUAGAACAGGCACCAAGGAAACUGUCAAUCAAACAGUAA